AUGGCGUCCGCGACGAAACCAGUGCAAGUUUUUCGGAAUCUUCUUAUUGGAGUAAGCAAGACCUACGACUAUUCUGCUCAGCCAAGACAUAAGAUAGAAAAAGUCCUUACGCUGUAUUUUGUUUGUUUUUUUUUUUCGUACAGAAAAAGCUGAAAGUACCGUUGCGUUAUCCCAAUGAUCAAGUCGCAAGGUACGUAAUUAUAACAACUACAACAUUAACUUUAUUUAAUUAUAUUGAACAGAUAUAAUUACAUCAAUAUGGGGAAUUUAGGAAACCCUUACGGGCUGUUACAAGAUUCCCCUAUUGUUUACUUUUUUUAUCAGGUCUGGACGCCAUAUGCAGCAUAAUCCAACUAUAAAUCUAACUAUAAAUUAAUUUCAAUUUAUAAACUUGCACACCACUAAGCACUGUUGUGACAGAAGAUUUAUUUUUUAUACUAUAUUGUGAUUUUUUGUUCUUUAAAUCUUCUAGUAUAGAGUUCCACAAAUUCGUUCCUUUACACUGUAUUGAAUAAUAAUAGCUAAAGCUGUAGCUUAUUAUUAUUUAGAGAGGGUAGUUUAAGUGUACACUAAUCACAACGAUGACGGCUCUCAGAACAUAGACAAUUUCACGUAACUCAAUGUACUUUCUUUGUUCUUUGUUGGUUCUUUAUCAACAAACCCCAGCCCAACCUCCAUUCAGGGGACAUUUUGCAGUUACAGGUGGAAACGAGGCUGGAGUUGACCUUGUUUUGAUACAACCCUUCCUGCUUUAUUAUGUAAAUCAUGUUGUUCUUAUGCUAACUAGUAUGUUUCAAGCAUAACUGCCAUUACAAACGGAAGGAGGUUUGUAUCAUAACAAGGUCAACCUCAGCUUCAUGUUCACUCAAAGGCUAAAAUACUAAGUCCACAGCUGUAAAGUGGUCUAUCAUAUUGUGAAGGUCCCAAGGGUGCCCCCUGAGUAGAUUCCAUUGUAAUCUCUUGCAUGUUACAUAAUAUAACAUAUUCUAUGUUCCACCUACUUACUGGCCUGCACAAGAGGUAUUUAUGUGGGGUGUUAUUUAUUCUUGACUGGUGCUUCUAUGAUGCCGGGGAGUGGGGAUGUUCCAUUUGUUAUCUGCACCCCACCUAAGGAUGAUAAGUUUUUGAAUGGGGGUUUGGAUUUUUUCAUCAAAAAAGACAACAAAAUUUUGAUCCUUCGGAAAAAUUUUUCAAAGGUGCUGACAAAGAAUGAACCCUUUAGAUUCAUUUUUCAAAGGGUGCUGACUAAAAUUUGAGGGUUUGGAUUCCAGUCAUCCUUAGCGGGGGAGAGAGGGGGGGGGUGCAGUCAAAAAAUGGAACAUCCCGUGAAACAUGAAGCUUUGGGCUUAUCAAUGAGGCAGUUGGCAAAGUCAGUUUGUCACCAUUUAAAGGUAAGUCACAAGCCGAUGUUUCAAGCACUACCUCCUAAAAAGGCUAGCACUCAAAUCAUCUACUUUUGUGUCUUAAUGAGCUCACCUUAUUAAACCAAAAAAGUUUGGUAGGCCAUCAAGUGACUGGGCAAUAAUCUUGGAUUGAAAUUAGGAACACAAAAAUUCACCUUAGGUGCUGAUCAAAUUUAUGUUUUGGAAAUUUAGGGUGUUUCUGCAGAAUAUUGAUAAGACGUCACAUUAUUUUUAUUCAGAACACAGCCAAACCCCAGCCUUCCUGAUGGCCCAGCACACAAGCUAAGCAACAACUAUUAUUGUGAUCGAGAUCUGCGGCGAGCAUCUAUGCCUCCCACAGUGCUAUAUGGUGGCCAAAGGAAGCUGUUGGAAGGAGCAUCGCAGACAGGGUUAGUGUAGUGUAGUGUAAGGUGAUUCGCUGGUUUUGCACUGCGCAUCUCUUACUGCGUAUAACAAGGUGGCUGCUGUGAAAAAGAGCAUCUGAAGUAACAUAAUAAUAUUAAAAUGAAGUUGACUGAAGGGAAACGCUAUUGGAAUUUUUGCUUGCAUAUGUUUCUUGCUGAAAUGAGACCCAAUGUGUUGGGAAUGUACAUAAUGUGAGCAGUGCGCGUGUUGCUGAGUUCGACCUCCUCAUGGAGAACCUCGAUAGUAGAUGUUAAACUUGUGCUAACUCACUUUGAUUUUUAUUUAAGCACCAUCUUUAUCACAUUGUGUCCUAACUGUGAUGUCUCGAUGUAAAUUCUAUAAAAAUGGAUUUCUUAAUGCUUUCUUCCCCCCCUCCAUGUACAUACCAUUUUGAUACCUGCCCAUGCAGUCCUCUCUCUCACAAAUAGGAGGAAAUGCACUUGGUGCACAUUUUCUUCAGCUCUACCGCAAAAAUGAGUACGGUGACCUUGAUUUCUUAUUUCAUGAUUUUUAUAGGAACAGUGCUUCCUUUCAAUGAGAAAAAAAAAGGCAUAAAUCUAUGUUCAGUUUUCUGACAAUGUUGGUAAAUUGUACAGAUUGAUGAGCUAUUAAUAACAGGUUGAAUAGCGUGUGUUCAAGUCUACUUUGGAGUGUAAAAUAAUAACGAGGGCAUUAAAAGGCAUUUUUCUGGUACAUAAGUGAAUAAACAAUACAUUUGAGUCAAAUUCUGUGUGAUACCACAUUGAAGAAAUCUCUCCUUUUUGUCUAGUUUUGGGCUGCGCACCAUUUUUGCCAAAGUGCCAUAAAUAGCUGUAUUUGCCAGCACUGUGAUGUUAAAAUGAGCACAGUGACCCCCACUUUUUAUUACUUUUUUUAUCAUCAUUUUGACUUGUUACAUCAGUGUACCAAGUUUCAUCUACAAUCUCUGUUAGGUUCUUUUACUAAGGAAGCACCUUAAGUUCUGCCUGUAUCUUAUCCUUGGUUAGAUGCUCAUAAUGUCAACUAGAUACCCCCACCUCCACCCCUGCCAGAAUUUUGACUUUCUUGACUUUGCAAAGGGCAACCAAACACCAAACACCAAGUGUGGACAGCCCCUACAACCAUCCAAGUUAAGCUCUAAGUAGGGUUAGAAACUAGAUGGGUGACCAAUGUUGAAUAUCUUGUCUUGUAGACUCCUGUUACAUUUCUUUCUUUCUUUCUUUAUUUAUGUUUUGUUUUAUUGCCUGUACAGAGAAGAAACUGCACAAAGUGACAGAAACAACCAUGACCAUUCAUGACUUGUUCAUACCCUGUCCCUGAGCUGGUUGAAUGAACAGCCAUAAAUAUCCCGUCUUGUUGACUCCUAUUUCUUUCUUUCUUUUCUGUUUUAUUUUCAUAUCUUCUUUGUGAAAUGCAUAUAGCAAAGCAUAUUCAUCAUUACUUUCACCCCUGAAAGGAAAACAAAUGAGUAUAAUGUACAGCAGUGUACAAGGUAGAGAACUAAAACCAGUCUUAAAUCCAUCGGACCAAAAAAAGGCCAAGUUCAUUGUGACUUUACCUUGGUGUUACAUAAAUCAAAAGGCAGGUUUUAGGAAAAUAAGUAAGGUUUAGAUGGACAAGGCUUACAUGGCCUACAGAAACAAAAUUGUUUGUGAAGUGAGACACAAUAGCAAUGUUCUCUUACCUCAAUUUUCACUCUUAUUUGAUUAGAUAAAACUAAUGGUGUCAGACCCUUUUUUUAAAUUAAAUUAUGCUCUAUUUUCUCUUUCUUAAUUAUUUUGCAGAGAAGAUGUGAAGUUUAUUGCUGCAAAGACUCCUGGGAAAGUUUAUGAAGCAGAUGAGUGA